AUGUCCCACAGGCAGAAGCAGAAAGCUGCCAAAGCAGAAAGAGCAACCUUCUUCCUAGCCAGAUCGGCCGCAAAAAAACCGCGGGAAACCGGCGGCCCCGUCCAAGAUGGCGGCGGAGAUCGCUCCCGCGAGGGAUCCAUCUCACCAGCGACAUCCACCACCUCCCUAACAGAGGAGCAACCCCUCACCACAACCUCAAUGAGGCUCAUGCUGGCAGAAUUGGCUGAAAACUUCCAGGCUAAUAUGAAAAAGCAGCUCCAAAGCCUGGCAGCAGAAUUGAGGAAGGAUGUUGCAGACAUAGGCCAGCGCACGGCUCAAUUAGAGCAGAAACUGGACAACUGCACAGAUGCUCACAACUAUUUAGCUGAAAAAGUACAAGACUACGAGACUAACCUACAUAAUCUUAAAGCAAAAGUGGCGGACCUGGAAGACCGCUCCCGGAGAAACAACAUCCGGAUAAGAGGCAUACCUGAAACAGUGCUGCAGGCAGGCCUAGGUGACUACCUCCAGGACAUGUUCCAAGCGCUCGCCCCAGCAAUACACCCAGACCAGAUGGUGGUGGAUAGGGCACACCGCCUCAGACGGCCGCAACACCUGCCGCCUUCCACAGAUCGGGAUGUCAUCGCUCGCAUUCACUUUUUCCACGUGAAGGAGCAGAUAGUGAAAGCAAGCAGAACAGCAGGUAUGCCGGACCCUUAUGGACACAUCAAAAUUUUUGCGGACUUAUCAGCAGAAACGUUACAGUUCAGGAAAAGCCUGGCCCAGAUCACCGCCACCCUGCGAGAGAAGAACAUCGCCUACAGAUGGGGGUACCCGGCCAAACUACUGAUCCACCGUGAAGGGAAAAUGCAUGUGGUAAUUAAUCCAGAAAUGGGGCUUGGUAAGCUCAAGGACUGGGGAAUACAAGUCUGA